ACGUCGUCCGCUGAGGCUUGGUGUUUAUUGUUCCUUACCAUCACCGAGGAGAGAAAGGAGGCUAGCAAGGCGCCGCGCUAACAAGUAUCAAGACGUUUUCACCCGAAAUUUUAAAUACGGUUUCAAGUAGCGGAGCCCAAGUUUAACGGCCGAGGCAGGUUGACACAGGACCCAGUGGCCAUGGCAUAUGCAUACCUCUUCAAAUACAUCAUUAUCGGAGACACGGGUGUGGGGAAGUCAUGCCUAUUAUUACAGUUCACAGACAAACGCUUUCAGCCGGUUCACGACCUCACCAUCGGUGUGGAGUUUGGGGCGAGGAUGAUCACUAUAGAUGGUAAACAGAUCAAGCUGCAGAUCUGGGAUACGGCUGGGCAGGAGUCGUUCCGCUCUAUCACCCGGUCCUACUACAGAGGAGCAGCAGGCGCUCUGCUAGUCUAUGACAUCACAAGAAGGGACACUUUCAACCAUUUGACUACCUGGUUGGAGGAUGCUCGCCAACAUUCCAACUCCAACAUGGUCAUCAUGCUCAUCGGGAACAAGAGUGAUCUGGAGUCCAGGAGAGAGGUGAAGAAGGAGGAGGGGGAGGCCUUUGCCAGAGAGCACGGCCUCAUCUUCAUGGAGACCUCUGCCAAGACGGCGUCCAACGUAGAAGAGGCAUUCAUCAACACAGCCAAGGAGAUCUAUGAGAAGAUCCAGGAGGGGGUCUUCGAUAUCAACAACGAGGCUAACGGCAUUAAGAUCGGACCCCAGCACGCUGCCACCAACUCUACGCUCUCCGGCUCCCAGGGGGGGCAACAGGCCGGCGGGGGUUGCUGCUGAACCACCCCCCCCCCCCCCCCCAUUCCCUCCCCGACCACCAUCUCCUGUUUUUCCAUCCUCCGGCCUGCCCCGCCCCCCCCCCCGGCCUGCCCUGCCCCCCUCCGGCCUGCCCCGCCCCACCCCCUCUGUGUUUCUAUUGGACUGGAUGGGCUCACUAACAUUUUUCUUAACCCCUCCCUCCCCCCACGGCGUUGCCAUGGGGAAUCUAAUAGUUGUGCUAGAUGGAUGUCAGUCUAAAUACCAAGCAAGCAAACAAGCAAGCGAACACACCCAACACAGGUGUUAGAGGCAGCCCAGACCCAUGAUCUCCCUCCCUCCCUCUCCCUCUGUAAGAGCUUUGGAGCCUGUCUGUGUUGAAGGUGGUGCAGUAGAGUUCCUAGUCACUAUUGUCACAGGGCAGGCAGGAAGCUGUUGGACUGGACUCAUAUCUACCUGUUCAUCUGUCUGACAGUUUCAGAUCAUGGUUUUGUUUUUUGCUGUUUGUUUUUUUGUUUUGUUUUCUCCUCCUGUUUUCUCCCCCUCUCUCUCUCCUCCUCCUCCUCCUCCUCCCUUCUUCCACAGUUUAAGGAUGUUGUUUGCUCAUUUUUGACUUAAAAAAAAGUUGAAUUGUAUGUAACACUACAAUGACAUAAUCUAUAGUAUUUUAAUCGGUUUCACGUCGGUAAAGUGCUUUGGGAAAACUGUGGUGAACCUCCGGAAGUUUAAAUAAUAAAAAGGAAAAAAAGAAUGCGAAGUGGGGAACUGUGUGGAGCGGGAUGGCCGUGUUUAAAAUGAAGAGGAUGCAAGGAGAAGGACAAAAAAAACAUCUGGACUGUUUUAAUUCUGUAUUUAUCAGUCACAUUCUGUGUAUAUAUAGUUCUCCUUUCUUGCUUUUGGUGUUUGUCGACCAAGCUAGAAUUCUUUGAUGAAUUUGCUGGGAAAUCCAUUCUUUACGAGUAGAGCUUGAAAAUGCAACAGUAUUGCAAAAAAAAAAGGAAACCUUGCUUUGACAUAAUUUUAUGAUAUUUUACUUUAUAUACUUUUAGUUUGUCUUGACAUCAGCCUUCCAGCCCCUCCCUCUCUCCCUCCAUUUUAUCUGCCUCUCUCUGCCCUAGAUCCGCUGUGACUGUAUAGAAACUUUGGCUCAAUAGUCUGCAUUUAUCUAUUUUAAUGCCAAAUUUUUUGUUUAUCUAUGUUUCUACUAGCCACAACACCAGAAUCUGAUAGCCACUGCUCUGGAAAAAAAUAGAUCAGCUGUUUGCCUUAACGAAAAGAUUGGAACAGCAAGAAAGCAUGUAGAGGGGGGGUACUGAACAUCAGGUUUCGAAAGGAGUCAUUCCAGUACCUAAUAUGCAUAUUCGCAUACAUGCACACACACACAGAAACCCCUUCUCACAUGUUAAUGACACACAAACACACACGUUCACACACGUUCAGAGGGGAAAAACGCACACAUUCGAAACAAGCUUAUACUCGUAUACAUACAAGCCUGCAUAUAUGCAUGCAUACGUAGAUGCAUACAUAUAUAUAUAUAUAUAUAACUAUAUCUAGUUUCUCUUCUGGAUAGUUGUUUUUACAUGCAGUCUGCAGAGGUUCCUUUGCUUGCCAGUGUGUUCUGUUGGUAGGUAUCAUGGUUAACAUCUAGUCUGUGUUCUGGAGGGGCAGGGGGAAAGCCAAACCAGGAAGUGUCUCUAUGACAACCCACCCCCCCACCCCAAUCCACCCCACCCUUUGACGUUAUUGCUGUGUUGGUUCUUUAAAAAAAAACAAAAAAAACAAUGAAAAUGCUAUCACAAUAAACUAUAAUAAAACAUUCUAAACUCAAAAAGUCAUCGGAUGGUCAUGUGGAAUUGAAGAAAAACUAAUGUUUUAAAUGUUUUCGAAACUGCUUUUUUUGUAUUGAACUUUCUUUUUUUCCAAGAGUUGAUAUUUUUUGCCGCCACCCCUACAGUGAUUUAUCUGAGUGUCUGUGUUGCUAUAUGAAUGAAUCAAUUAUAUCUGAAUCAUCA